AUGGAUCCGGCGCCGCAGACGCACCCGAUCCUCUCCUACGUGCUCUCCCGCAUCCCCACCCUCGCCAAGCCCAACAAGGCCCCCACCUCCUCCGAGUUCGACAUCGAGCAGCCGCCCGUGCACACCCCGUCCCCGCGGACGACGCCGUCCUCCCCGUCCGCGGGGGAGUUCGAGCUCGUCGAGCGUAUGCCGGGGCUGCGCCACCCGUCCGUGCUCCGCGCCAUGACGCGCGCCGUCGCCGACGUCUCCGCCGCGCGCGCCGCGCUCCAGGUGCUCGGCCCGCGCCCCGACCACGAGCUCGUCGACUCCUCCCGCGCCAUCGUGGCCGCCGCCGAGGCCGGGGACGCGCGGAUCCCCGAGGCCGACGCCGAGGCGUGCCGCGCGGUGGUGCGCCUUGAGGAGACCCACGACGCCUACGAGGCCCUCCUGCACGAGGCCGAGGCCAGGCUCGAGAGGGUGUACCGCUCCGCGAUGGAGGGGACGGACCUGGAUGACGACGAGGCGGCGGCGGAGAGCGGCAAGGGUGAAGGUCCGGCGGCCGCGGGGCCUGAGGGCGGGGCCGGGGACGCGGCCGUGCAGGAGGAGGUGGUGGCUGUGCUCAAGCAGGCCGAGGAGGGCAAGCCGGUGGAGAGCGUGCGCCUCGUGGAUCGCCAGCUUCGCCAACUGCCCGAGGCGUUCGGGAGGAUUCUGGGGCUCCGUGUCCUCGAUGUCUCGCGCAACCAGCUCGAGGUUAUUCCAGAUGCUAUAGGAGGACUUGAUCAUCUUGAAGAGCUUUGUCUCGCUGCCAAUGCUUUGAUUUCCCUUCCUGAUACCAUUGGACUGCUAUCCAAUCUGAAGAUUCUGAAUGUGUCAAGUAAUAGGCUCAGGGCAUUGCCAGAUAGCAUCUCCAAGUGCAGGUUGCUAGUUGAGCUUGAUGUGAGCUACAAUGGCCUCGCUUAUCUGCCAACAAACAUUGGUUAUGAGCUGAUAAAUCUGCGAAAGCUCUGGAUCCACAUGAACAAAUUGCGUUCUCUUCCAUCUUCUGUCUGUGAGAUGACGUCACUGUACCUCCUGGAUGCCCAUUUCAAUGAACUAUGCGGUCUGCCAUCUGCCUUCGGGAAGCUUAGCAGUCUUGAAAUUCUCAACCUUAGCAGCAACUUCAGUGACUUGAAGGAGCUUCCCUCUUCGUUUGGUGACUUGCUGAAUCUGCGUGAACUUGACCUGAGCAAUAACCAGAUUCAUGCUCUCCCUGACACAUUUGGUCGGCUGGAUAAACUGGAGAAGCUCAACCUAGAGCAGAACCCCCUGGCCAUACCACCAGAGGCCAUUGUGAACAAGGGUGUGGAUGCAGUGAAAGAGUACAUGUCAAAGAGGUGGCUGGACAUCUUGCUCGAGGAAGAACAGAGGCGCAUUGAAGCAGAGACCCCACAAGCGUCAUCGACUCCUAAGGCUUGGCUGGAUCGCAGCGUCUCCUGGGUCACGGGCGUUUCUGGGAGUUUGGUAGGGUACCUUGGUGGGAACAAGUCAGAGAAAGAUGCAUACCUGGACCAGCAGUUUUGA